AUGCUUCGAGGUUCGAAACGGCUAUCGAACUUCGCUGCACCAAGUACUGACUUGUCUAGCAGGCUCCUGCCCACUGCCACGGGGCUGUUAGUAUCCCUCACAAAUCCUCUCAACAUUACCCUGAUAACAUCGCAACUUCUUUCUGCUUCAAGCCUCUGGGAUGGAAUUCAGGAUCUACGCGCGUGCACGCGCAUCUUCAAUGUUUUCUAUACUGCGGCAGUACAGCUAUCUGAGCGAUCUGCUUCUGACGCACGGUUUGGUUAUUCACCAGCACCGCUGAUGGAGAAGGCGUGCUGGGCAACAGCAGUUGUGAAAGGCGCAGAUGACAAGUCACCUAGAUGGCGGCACACUCUUAUAUUAGGGGCCAUUCUUCUCGGGUUCGAAGAGAAGCAAAAGCAGAGUCUACCACAACAUCUUCGCUCCAGGCUGGAGUCUGCCCUGCUGACCGCCACGAACCUUGCCUUGGAGCUCAACCACAGAAGUGAAAACAUCGGAAAGUUCGCCAUUGCUUUUGUACUCGUUCAUAGUUUCGGACUGUUAUCCGCGCACAACCAAGCACAAUUCAACCAUGAUCUUAUCCUGCCCCUCCUGAUAGAAACGACAUUCUCUUCACCAGAAGGCCUUGAACAUGGGUACUGGCUGGGUGCAAUCGAUAGCGAGGUGAUAGAAGUCACGGACAGGAAGUUCAACUGGUCCGCAAGAUCAAACACAUAUCAUCACAUCCGGGAAAUGCAACAACGACCUCUAGUAGCUUCAUUAGGGUCUAUGUCACGCCUAAUGGCUUAUGCUAUCAGGAGUGUACACAAAUCGGUCCUUUUAGUACCCACGAUGGACUGCGUUGCGGAGUUUGCGAGAACACUGUGGCUUUCGUGGCGUCAAAACAAGCUCUCAGAAAUCGACGUUUCGGAAGAGCUCGAAUACCUUGAUGCAGAAUCCAGAAAAACCACUUUACCAACCCUGUGGCAUCUCUUGCGAUUGUCAUUGUUUGCGGUUGUGAUUAUUUUGAGAGCCCUUAUGGGUAGAUUGCUCUCGGACCCGGUCCUUGCCUCCGACUCGAAAGCUCCUUUCCUCGCAAUGCAAUGCUUACUCAUCCUUCGAAAUCUAUCUUUUAUCUCAUCGCGUCUUGGACAGAUAUCCUCGUCUCAGUAUGUCUUUGUCAACAUGGCGGCUAUAGACGUUCUUACUCAAUAUCCAGAGCAAGCUGAAAAUUUGAUUCAAAGCAUAAAGCCAGUCGCAAAAGGACUAAUACCAUCUCAUCCUGCUGAUCGUUGUCUGGACCUUUUCUUUUUCAAUACUGCUGAGCAUUUUACGCCGAGCCUUGUUCCUAAGACCAACGAGGAUAUAGUUCUUGCCGGCGCUAUGCCGUAUCUUGUCACAGGGGGUAGUAAGGUCUUGAUGGAAAUCUUUGAAGCCGCCCAUAGCGUAGCGCUCUCUGUUCUGGCUUCACCAAACAACACGGAAUUGACGGCUCGACAGCUACCAUUCUACCUGGAUGCACUGUUCAACUGCUUUCCAGACAGCCUUUCACCACGCCAGUUCAGGUUAGCCUUCAAAACAAUUGUCAGAAUAUCCACACCGCCAUCUGCUCUCGCUCAAUCACAACCACUGCUCCCAUCCAUCAUCUUGGAGACUAUAUUUGGGAGGGCUGAACGGGCGCCAACUACACCGUUGCCACAAGCGAUACUCAAGCCUCAACCGAUCAACCAAGAGAUUCCUCUUUCCGAGCAGGCUGUGUUCGUUAUGGCUAUGACAGACAGCCUAUGCUUCCUUCAUCCUGCUCUUCUCGAAGAAUGGCUUCCAAUGACAGCCUCACUCGUGGCUCAGAUCGAGGAGGAAGAGAUGCGCAGGGCAUGUCAAGAUCGUUUUUGGGAAGCGAUGAGUAGUGGUGAGAUGGACGUUGAAAGAGCCGCGCUCUGUGUAGCAUGGUGGAGCUCAAGAGGAGGCAGGGAGCUGGUUCUCCAGAACGACAAUGCUCUGCAAAUUGAGCCUGUAAUGUCAGGGGCUUUAUCAAUGGAUAGCAAGCUGUGA